CAGUAGGGAAAAUAGAAAAUUGGCGAGAAAGAAUUGGUGCUCGGGUGUGGCCGGAGAAUAGUUUGCUCUAGCUCGACCGGCCCAACCAGCUCAAGCCACUUCAAGUCCCCGGUACCGGAGCGUUACUUGACUGCCCUAAAACGAUUGCGGUGAAGAUGGGAGACCGGGGCUGACCGGGCUAUUAAUAAACUUACGUCAGCAGCGUAAGGUGAACCUUUGGUGUAACACCAGUUGUAACUUUCGACCCCACAUUCAAUCCAGGAACUGACGUGCAGGGAAUCUUCCCUGUCGCGACUCGCGAUUCACUUUUGUGGCUUUGGGAAUAAGUUUCAAUCUCCAAAGAUUGAUGACUUGAAGUUUUUAUGGGCUGCAGCACCUUCUAAUUCGUAAUAGGGGAAAGCAGAUUAAUGCCUGCAUAUCAAGACAUGCCAAUUGUCACUUUCUAUACUAUCGGAUAAAAUCCAACGAGGCAGCGAAGACAAGAUUGAAGAACAAGAAACACAACAUCCGUGGUACAUAUCUAGGUAUCUAGGUAUCUAGAUAUAUAAGACAUCAAAUCUAAACAUCUUUCUACUUCACCCCGGUUGUCCCCCUCAAGACUCGAUACCAUGUCCACUCUCGCGCCAUUAUCGUCGAAUAGGCCAGUAUCCUCCCGCAGCUUCGCCUUGGUCUCUUCCUCCUCUUCAUCAGAUAGCGAAGAUGACGCACCUCUCCCUUUUCCCACCGCCCUCCCGCGUUCCGACUUUCUCGUCCCAGACUUCGACCCGGCAGAAUACCUCUCCUCUCUCGCAAAUCGCCAUCAGACGCUCGAAGACCUCAGAUCCGACCUCCGAGAACGCAGCGCCGCCAUCAGCACCGAGCUCCUAGAACUGGUCAAUUCGAACUACACUAGCUUCCUAAGUCUAGGCGACGAGUUGAAAGGUGGCGAGGAGAAGGUAGAGGAUGUUCGAGUGGCAUUGCUAGGAUUUCGGCGAGCCGUGGAAGAGAUCAAGGGCAGAGUACGAGAGAGGGGGUCUGAAGUUGCAGGUUUAAACCAGGACUUAUCUAGCGUGAGAGGCGAGAUUGAAACCGGGAGAAAGAUGCUAGAACUUGAUGAGAGGAUAUCUACGCUUGAGGGUCGGCUAGCGAUCGGAAGUAUAGGACCUGACAGUGACGACAGCGACGAAGACGACGAAGAUGGAGACGAGUUAGACGGGGCGGUAGGGAGCAGCUCGGCGAAAUUAGCACAGCUGGCGAACGAAUACGUCACUAUAGAUGAGUUGGCCGACGAUAUAGGGAGAGAUACACCAUUCGUGCGGAAAAUGGAGGAGAGGUUAAUAAGGUGUCGAAACACCGUCCUCUUAGACCUUGGCGCCGCGUUGAAGGAAGCCAAACAGGCAGGCGGCAAAGGGCAAGCAAAGCUCCUUAAGCUGAUGGGAAUCUAUUCCCUACUAGAUGCUCAAGCAGAGGCAGUCAAGACAUUGAAGAGCAAGUGACUAGACAAGAUCAACGACAUUUAACGAGUUGAUACGCAAAUCAUAUCAUAGCAAGAUACCCAAGCA